CUAAUCUGAUCGCAUCCAUCCGAAGCGCACCAAACAUACGGUGUCUGUACCAUUACACGGGUCUCCAUCUGUCUGUCUGUCUGUCUCUCGACGCCGCUGGGUGGCGGGCGGACAGGGAGCAGCACAACGUCAAUCCAUUCGCAGGCACGAUCUAUGCACACACACACACAUCACAUACAAGGGGAACACCCACCACACCCACAUCUGUCUGUCUGUCUGUCUGCCCCUCUCUCUGCCAGCUGCUUACUGACUGUACAAGACACAUAAAGCGAACAGCCGGCAUGCAGACAGACGGGGAGGCAGGCAGGCAGGCAGGCAGGCAGGCCAGAGUGCACGCCAGCCACUAGCUAAGCUAACUAACGAGCUACGAGCGGGCAGCGAGAGCAUCAGAGCUCCUCAAAGAUCGACCCAAACACGCCCGCGAAGGGGUCCACGUGCGGCUGUUGUCCCCUGUCCUCUGCAACCGCCGUCUUGUCGCUCCCUGCCACUGCCUGGUGCUCCUUGUUGUGCGCCUCCUCGGUGAUGUACUCCUGCCCGUCGCUGGUCUUGCGCGUGGUCUUGGUCUUGACCGUGCCAUUCGGCUCGGUCCACUUCUCUGUCACGAUGGUCUCCUGCUUGCCGUUGACAUUGCGGUGCGCCACGCUCUUGCUGUAUCCCUUCUGGCUGGAAAACGACCCCCCGGAAGACGACGAGAAUGACGAGAACGAUGAGCUGCUCGAGCUGGAGAAAGACGUUGAGAAAGACGCCGACCCGCCCCCUCCCCCGCCACCGAAUGCCGCGAAGGGGUCGGCAUCGAACCCUUUGAACAUGUCCUCAAAUCCCUUGAAGAAGUCUUUGAACAUCUCGUCGGCCUGGGCGAAGCUGAAGUGGUGCGCAGCGCCGAAGUCAAAGCCGCCAGCACCGCCAGCGAGGGAGGCGUCGUACUGUUUCCGCUUGUCGGGGUUGCUGAGGGUCUCGUAUGCCUCGGCUAUGCGGAUAAACCGCUCCUCGGCCUCCUUCUUGUCACCUGCAGUGCAGCCACACAGCCGGCCACCGGUGACGUAAUGGGCGGUAAGAUAUCUUCUCGCCAGGUGCGCAAGCGCUGACCUUGGUAUUUGUCAGGGUGGUACUGCACGGCCAUCUUGCGAUACGCUUUCUUGAUCUCGUCGUCUGUGGCCUUCUGCUCGACUCCCAACACGUCGUAGUAGGUCUCCUUCUCCUCGCCCGCCAGCGCCUGCGGACACACACAUCACAUCACACACAAAGAGAUCGGGUCGUUCUCAUUCAUCGGCUGGCUGGAGGUGGGAGAUGCGCUGACCAGGAAGGCACAGACGCCCAGCAAGAUGCCGAGGAGCAGACGGAGAUGCGAUGCUGGAAACGCCAUUGAGCCCACACACCACCUGUUGCUUUCGUACAGAUCUCCCAAAGGACAGUCCUCGAGAGCUAUCCAAACGCACCAGAAACCGCUGAGCACGUCAC